AUGGUCCAGAGGGGAAUCUAUUGAGUUUACACAAAUAUGGCUGCUGCCUUCCGAGCUGCGAGUCGAGUCUUGCAUCCAUUUGCAAAAAGGAAUAACUGGAAUCAAACAAGAAUCCAGUUGCAUUGGAGAUGGCAGUCAACAGCCACUGUACAAAAAGCAAAGCCAGAGAUUCAACCUGAAAAGAGGAAACCUAAAACAGGGAUCUUAAUGUUAAAUAUGGGAGGUCCAGAGACCCUUGAAGAUGUCCAUGAAUUCCUGCAAAGACUUUUUCUUGAUAGAGAUCUAAUGACACUUCCAGUGCAAAAUAAAUUAGGACCUUUUAUUGCAAAGCGGCGUACUCCAAAAAUCCAAGAACAAUACAGGCGGAUUGGGGGUGGAUCACCUAUCAAGAAAUGGACCGAGACUCAGGGGGAAGGCAUGGUGAAGUUGCUGAAUGAAAUGUCCCCGCAGUCUGCGCCACACAAGUAUUAUAUCGGCUUUCGCUACGUUCAUCCUCUGACGGAAGAAGCAAUUGAAGAGAUGGAAAAAGACGGUAUUGAAAGAGCCAUUGCUUUCACGCAGUAUCCACAGUAUAGCUGCUCUACAACAGGAAGCAGUUUGAAUGCAAUAUAUCGCUACUAUCACCAAAAAGGAGAAAAACCAAAGAUGAAGUGGAGUACAAUUGACAGGUGGCCAACGCAUCCUCUCCUGAUUCAGUGUUUUGCAGACCACAUAAAGAAAGAACUAGACUUAUUUCCACCGGAUAAAAGAAAAGACGCUGUGAUCCUUUUCUCUGCUCAUUCUCUACCAAUGUCAGUAGUUAAUCGUGGUGACCCAUAUCCACAAGAGGUGGGAGCUACUGUUCAAAAGGUGAUGGAGAAACUCGGCCAUUGUAAUCCAUAUAGGCUUGUGUGGCAGUCCAAGGUCGGCCCAAUGGCUUGGUUGGGUCCUCAGACGGACGACACUAUUAAGGGCUUUUGCCAGAGGGGGAAGAAGAACAUUUUGUUAGUUCCAAUAGCAUUCACCAGCGAUCACAUUGAAACCCUCUACGAGCUUGACAUUGAAUAUGCGCAGGUCUUAGCCAAUGAGUGUGGAGUUGAAAAUAUCAGAAGAGCAGAAUCCUUGAAUGGAAAUCCAUUGUUCGCCAAGGCUCUGGCAGAUUUGGUCUGCUCACACCUCAAGUCGAACGAACUAUGCUCCAAGCAGUUAACACUCAGUUGCCCGCUUUGUGUGAAUCCCACUUGCCGAAAAACCAAAUCAUUUUUUACUAGUCAGAUAUUGUGAAAAUGUAUACUGGCAGGUGCUAUCGGGUCAUUGGCUGGAGUAGAAAAUAC